AUGUGCCACUUUCAGGUCUCCUCACACUGCUGGUGUGUUCCAUUUUUUGUCAUAGGGUGCUGGCAGAUUACGGGCCUCCCAUAGCUGCUGCCAGGCCCCUAAUCUGCCAUGGGCCCCUAUACCGCCUCCUCAUGCUGCUGCCAGGUCCAGAGUCUCUCAUGGGUCCCUGUACGGCCUCCCAUUGCUGCUGUCUCCAUCGCCCACACUCUGCCAUGUGCCACUUUCAGGUCUCCUCACACUCCUGCUGGUUUCCAUUUUGUCAUAGGUUGCUGUAUGGCCUCCCAUUGCUGCUGCCUCCACCGCCACACUGUGGCUCCAAACACUGGUUUUGGCCCCGUGACUGGCCAAAUGAGUGAAGUGUGCGGUGAUUCUAAGAUCGACGGCACUCAUCUGCAUGUCAUACUGACUGACAGUAUUAUUUCUCUUCCCCAGCAGACUCCAAGGGCAUUUAAAUUAAAGGUACAGUGUUCUGCACUAAUAUUA